AAAGCUUCUCUUCUUCACGCGCUUGCAGUAAAUCGAUCUUAAUCUCAGCUAGCUAGCUAGCUAGCCAUGGCGUCGUCCAGGGCUUUACUUGUGUUCGCUCUGCUGCUCGCCGCUGCCUUCCUCGUCAACUGCGCUCGACAAGAACCUCAGCCCAACGAGGGACCGGCAGCUGACCCCAACGCCGGCGGCGGCGGCGGAGGCGGCGGCGACGGAUCAUCGGGCUACGACGACGGCAAAGUGUCCAAGUCCGGCCACCGGCCGCAGGCGAAGUACUAUAAUGGCCACCGGCCGCAGGGGAAGUAUGGUGGCCAUCGUCCGCAGGGGAAAUACUACGGGUACAGCGAAUGCGGUGGCGGCGGUGACGACGGCGACUGCGGCGGUCCAUGCGAGCAUCGUCGCUGUGAGUACGGCUGCUGCGAGGGCGGGUACGGCGGCGACCGCGGCCACCGGUGCUGCGAUCACGGCGAGUUCGGCGGCCGCCACUAGCUAGCCCGAUCAUAUCAUAUCGCAUGCGCCGCCGAUCGAUCGAUGACGACCCUAUUGGCUAUAGCAGCUAUUAGUCUAUUAAUUACUGCCCAUCACAUACUGCAGUAGAGGUUUGGUUUAGUUAUAAUAAAAACUGUCGUUAUUCGCAAGUGUGUAUCUGUAUAUACGUAGUUUGGUACUCCAUAUAAUUAAGUAAUGUAUUGUACGUGUCAAGUGUGCUAUGUAUGAAAUAUGAAUAGAUCACACGUGGAAUAAAAGAGCGAUAGAGCGGACUGGUGGGAGAUUAA